AGCUGCUGGCUGUAGCUGAACCGUGAACCGCCGUUUGAUACAGCAUCUGCCAUUUUGAUUAAAGCUACUUUGAGCGCAAUAGAUGGUGUGAACUGGCUCUCCGGGACAUAUCUUAGUAUUUUAUAUUAAGGCUACUUUUUGGGCCAAAAUGCUCUCCGCAGCCCAGCUACUCGAUGAGUUGAUGGGCCGAGAUAGAAAUUUGGCCCCUGACGAGAAGCGAUGCAACGUACGAUGGGACGACGAGAGCGUCUGUCGCUACUAUCUGUGUGGCUUCUGUCCAGCGGAGCUAUUCACAAACACCCGCUCUGACUUGGGUCCUUGUGAGAAAAUCCACGAUGAAAAUCUUAGGAAAACGUAUGAGAAAAGCUCUCGGUUCAUGAAAGAGGGCUAUGAGCGAGACUUCCUGCGUUAUCUUCAGUCACUCCUGGCAGAGGUGGAACGGCGGAUUCGUAGGGGGCAUGCCCGUCUUGCUCUUUCCCAGGCUCAGCAGAAUGCAGGGGGUCCUGGUCCAUCAGGAAAGAAUGAGGAAAAGGUUCAGGUGCUAACAGAGAAGAUCGAAGAUCUUGUUGUACAGAUUGAGGAGCUGGGGUCUGAGGGCCGAGUGGAGGAGGCCCAGGGAAUGAUGAAGCUGGUGGAGCAACUGAAGGAUGAGCGGGAGCUGCUCAGCUCCACCCCCUCGACAAUCGAGAGCUUUGCAGCCCAGGAGAAACAGAUGGAGGUGUGUGAGGUGUGUGGGGCCUUCCUCAUUGUAGGUGAUGCACAGUCCAGAGUAGAUGACCACUUGAUGGGAAAGCAGCACAUGGGCUACGCCAAGAUAAAAUCCACUGUAGAGGAGCUCAAGGAGAAACUACGUCGCCGCUCAGAGGAACCACCAGGUGAAACCCCAGCACUUAAAAGGGAUAGAGAAGACCGCGAGCGAGAGAGGGAGGAAAGGGAGAAAAAGCGUAAAGAGGAGGAAGAGAAGGAGAAGGAGCGUGAGAAGGAACGGGAGAAGGAGAAGGAACGCGAGAGAGAGCGGGAACGCGAGAGGGAGAGAGACAGAGACAGAGAACGGGACAGAGAUAGAGACAGGGACAGGAGGGCACGGCGAAGCCACUCAAACAGCCGCCACUCCAGUCGAGCGUCAGACAGGAAAAGGAGCAGGUCCCGUGAUCGCCGGAGGUCCAGAAGCAGAGACAAGGAGAGGGAGAGGGAGCGCAAACGCAGCAGGAGCCGAGACAGAGACCGGGAGAGGAAACGCAGCCGUGAACGCUCUGACAGAAAGCGUCGCUCCCGUAGUCGUGACAGGAAGAGGUCACGCAGCUCAGAGCGCAAAUCUCACCGCCACCGCAGCCGCAGCAAGGACAGAGAUAAGGAGAGAGACAGGGACAGAGAGCGGUCAUCGAAAGACAAAGACCGUAAGGCGACAGAGGAGAGGAGCAGCUCCAAGAAAGACAAGCACGCUGACGGCGAUGCAGCUGCCAUCAAGGCUUCAUCAGAAGCGGAACCGAUGGAGACAGAGGCUGCUGCCUCUGCCUCUUCCCCUCUGCUUAACGGCCAGCAAGAGCUCCUCCAUUCUGAAGGUGACACUCAGUCCAAUUAAAACUGAUCUGAUAGGACCUCAGAUCAGGCUCAGGUAAGUGCGUCCUCCUCCUCGCUCCCCCCUGGCUCUCAACCCAACCCACCACCCUCCCACACCCCCCCACCUCUCCCAUCUCCCCUACCCACCCUCUCACCCUGCCUCUCCCACCCUGUUUACGUUCAGUUCAAUGCCUAUGAUUUUUGUCUUAUGUACUAUAUGCAUAUAUCUUUAUCCUGUUUUCGAAUAGUGCAUCAUAAGUAUGCACUGAAGAUGAAGGACUAGGCCCGAUGAAUGAGAAGAAGGUAGAAAACAUUCACACAAAGCCCAGAGGGAAAGGCCAGUGUAGUCCUGAGCAAACAUGCCCGGAGGUACCCCUCGUUUUGUAUCGGUUUUUGAUAUAGAUGUAUAUUUGUCUUUGUGGACAAAAUGGCAGAAAAACAAUUAACCAAUACAAUCAAUUUUCCUGCCUGUAUUUACCUGUUUUUAUUUUGGUUUUUUUUGGUUUUUUACUUGGCAGUAGGAAGAUGUAAUAACUUUGAUUUGUUGAGAUAAAUUCUCCAUGUAGGAAGAAAAUUCCACCAUUGUGUGUCUACAUGUACAUAUAUUUAGGGGAUUUUUCCUCAUGUGUAAACACACAGACAUACUUCGUCAAAGGUGUAUGUGAAAAACAAGCCAUUUAUUUUUCCUUAAUUACAACUCAAAUGCCAUGGAUUUGUUGUCCAGCUUACUGUGCCUGAUAAUGCCAUGCAGUGUGUGUUUGGGGGGGUUUCAUAGCACCGGGGGGUCCUAACGUAACUAACUAACUGGAGGGUAGGGUUUAUCGAAUGAAUUGCAGCUGACUUCCAUACCUCACACAGCGUUGGUGUUGUGAGCGAGACCACAUGAGAAAAGGGCAAAUUAAAAAUCAUGGAUACUCUCUGACUGUCAAACUGUGCAGGUACUCACCCCAGGUACUCCUUUCUCUACCCACAUCCAUUUCUGAAUGCUGUUGCCUGUCAGAAAAGAAAAUUCUGUACUUCUCCAGAACAUGAACUUAAAAGUUUGAUUGUGUAUAUUUUGUUACUGUUUCUUUGCCGCUCUUUGUUAGCUUUCACAUACGUUUGGGGGAUAAAUUUGGUAGAAAUGUUUGGGAGACACAUUUUUAAAAUGCUGAGAUGCACCGACAGCCUGCUUGAUAUGCCCAUGCCAACAGCUGAAAUUGUAACGUGUGUGUAUUUCAAUGGUGCAUUGUCACAUUUGUUCAUUUUCACAUUGGCAAAGGGAAUAUCUAACAGAGUUGUCACUGUUUGUUUUUAAAGAUUUAUGGUAGUGACCAGACUUUGUGGGCUUUCUUCUGGCUCUCCAUAAGAUAUCAAAGCAAUACAGUUAAAAUAUGCUGACAAAUAUUUAUAAAGUAUCAGCUUAUUCAGCCACAUACACGAUUUCAGAUGUCCACUGUGCAGGUAAAUGGCUAAUAUUUGUGCAUUAUUAGCAGUGUCUCUGUUUUUCAUCUACACUUUCCUCUGUGACUAAAUUGAGGGACAUAUUUGACUAAUAGUCUUCAUGUUGAUCAUGUUUGUUGCUCCAGUACCAACAGCGGUUGCUUCAAACACUUGUUGUGGGACCUUUACUAACAUUGCAUUCUGUGGACAUUUUUGCUCAACAGGGGAAGCUGGGAUAACUGUUGGAGGAAGAAUCAGAAGAGCGCACCCACCCUUACCCUGAACCUGACACUUCGCUGCUUAAAAACAAGGUGAACCACAAAUGUGUAGUGGCUUAUUUAAAACAUGAACAUACAUGUGUAAAUGAGGAGAGAGGAAAAAAUCAACCUUGAUUUUCAUGUUUCUGUCUAUCUUUGGAUGAGGGUAGAUGUGGUUCAUCUGAUGUAUUUCUUGAUCUAGAUGUCCACCAGACAUCUCUUUAAAUACCAAACUUAGAGGAGAAGUUCAUUAUGGGUUUUUGUUUCCUUAUUUUGAGAAUCUUUACACAUCCUCGUUUCUUGGCAUUUAGUGAAAAUGAAAUAAAAACAGUGCUUGUGGUUUGUUUUGGUUUGUCAGGUUCCACUUCACUUGACCAUUUUUUUAAGAAGUCAGUUGAAAGCAUCUGUACAAUGUUAGUCUCAUGACAGGGCGUGUCUCUUUUCUCCUCCACUUUAGAGCUCACAUUGAUUGCUCUUGUCCCCUUACUGUAUAAUAUACUGAUUUAAUUUUGAUCAAAAGAUUUUGAAGACUGAAGAUUUGUUUAAUUUUGCUCUGCUUUAAAUGUCCGUGUGGUCUUGAUGAAUAAAAAGUAAAAAUGUU